GGUUAUGUUUACCUAAACAAACUAUUUUUCGUUCUCCUUCACCGCUUUUCUUGUUAAUUUGCAAGUUUCUUUAAGUUGGUACAUUCCUCGCAAACUUCAUUGUUUUUUAUGAUUUUAAUUAAUUAAUCAGUAAACUUUGAUGAACAUAUUUCCAAUGCUGCGCCAGGGUGUCUUUCAGUCAGUUUGUUCGGUAUGACGAAGGAACAUAUUUUAGGAGCUCUGCGGUAUAAGUUCUAAUGAAGAACUCUCUAAGAGGUACUUGAAGUCCAUAAUUAAGAUUUGAAGCAGUAUGUCUGGGAAGGAAUACGAAUCAGCAUCUGUGCUGAAAAAUGAAUCCGCAUUCGAGUAUUUGACUCCUCAUAAACUCUCAGUUGCAUUACUAAUUCAAGAUUAUUGUGUGAACAACAGGAGUGAUGGCUCCUUAAGCAUCCAUCAAAGGAGAGAUUUUUGUAUGUUGAUCCUUCGCCUCAUUCAGUGUCCCGACAUGAGCUUUGAAGAAUUGGUCAAUGAAAUACAGAAUGGGAAGUUUAAACCAGAGCCAGAACUAGUCAAAAGUUUUAUCGAUCAGGUUUCCAUAAUCUUGGAUGAGGAUGUCGGUCAUCUUAUCGAAGUCAUUAAUAGUAUGGGAGGCCUGAUGCUGGACCAUGAUACUGUCGGACCGCUAGUGAACAAAAGCAGUCCUGUGGGUGUAUUUCUCAGAAGAGUGCUGCUGUGUUUCGACAAGUUGACUUUCUCUCAAACGCUCCGAAUCUAUCAGUCCUAUAAAAUUCACUGUGCCAACAUCAAAACAAUAAAAGAAGCUUCGCCUAGUCUUAAAAGUGUCAAAGAUGAAGUUACUGAAAUUAAGAGUAGGACAACGGAGAGAUUGACCGAGGAAACCAGAUUGCUGAAGCAGACCACUUCAGAUAUAAGCAUUGAUAUGUCCACGGAAAUGACUGACUCAAUGAAUGCAACUCCAAGCUGUGCUUUCGACAAAACACAAUCCAAACUUGCCGAUAUGUCCGAAGCUAGCCUUGCAACUCCUAUCAGCAUAGUUCCUAAGAAGAUUGAAACUUCUCCAAUCACAAGUAAACUGCAGAAGACAAUCAAUGCAGCCAAUGGCAAAAAUUUUCCUAUUCCCCCAGAUGUAACAAAACUGUGGUCCAGACGACAGGCAGAGUUCUUCAUUGCUCAACAGACUGCGCUGCUCCAGAACAAUGAAUUAAAAGCACUACCUCCAUCUGAGCUGCAACAAAAAAUUCGUGAAAUUUUAAAAGCCAACUCAGAGCACGCUGAAGCUCACUAUUUAAGCUACCUUAAUUGUUUGCGAGUGAAGGAAUUAACUGGUGCUCUUGAUAGUCUGUUCCAUUAUUUUGAUAGAAGUGCAAGUAUGCAGCAAGAAGAUGAAAAAAGCAAAGGAAUUCGCUAUGCUGCUUUGAAUUUAGCCAUACUGCAUGCUCAAUUUAAUAGGAAGAAUGAAGCUCUUUGUGCGCUCAAAGAAGCGAUCAAGUUGUCACACGAGGCCAAUGACAAUGUGUGCCUUCAACAUGCUCAAGCGUGGCUCUACAAACUCACUGAUGAGAACAAAGAGGUUCUCAUCGAGCGAUCUAUCUCAAAGAGUUCUGAUCUCGGCCUUAAUUACUUGACGUCUUUAGGUUUGCAAGCUUAUGCACGUUUUGCUGCAAUGACAGGAGGGAAGCCAGCUCUAGUUCUUGAGGUCUUAAUGAGGAGCGAUAUUCUCAAUUGUCAGUUCUCUAUGAUUGACCUGAUUGUUUGUAGUUUCACACACAAAUCAGCCUUGUGGAAUUUAUAUGGCAAAACUGAAAUGGCCUCUCUUUGUAGUCAAAUCUUACUUCACCUUGAUACGACAGAUCCAGUGCAAGGAAUGUCUACGUAUAAUGGAGAAGGGACCUGUUUAGCAGUAUGUAAUAUUGUGAACAGAUUUACAAUCCAAGGCGAGUACAAAUUAGCUAAAUUAGUUUUGGAGUAUGUUAAAGAUCAGUUUUCAAAUAAACAAUGGUGGAUAGAGUCUGAACAAAUUCUGCUAUUCACGCAUGCAUUGUAUGAAGGUCGCUGGCAAGAUGCUGAGGCUGCUGUAAACAGGCUUUUGUCUGUAAAUAAGUAUGAAAGCCAUCUCAGACUAGCAGAGUUAUUGAUUGCAAAGUCUGAUUUUGUCGGAGCACAGAAGGCGGCUCAUCAAGUGUUAGAUUCCACUGAAGUAUCAUGUCCAGCUCUACGGGUAAGAGCUCUUAUUUUAGCAGCCAGAGCAAUACAAGUAGCACGAAUUCCAAUUCUCACUAUUGCACUCUCAAUGGCGAACUAUCAUUAUUUGGACCUACUUAGCGCUCAAGUUUCAAUGGAACUCGCCUCUAUUCAGCUGCGAAUGAAUCUCCCUGCUCAAACCUAUAAGCUAGUCGAUCAUUCACUUCUCACAAUUCUAUCUCAUGGAAGCGAGUAUGAAAUCGGUAAUGCAUUGCUUCUGUCCGCUAAGUCUCGAGUAGCAGUUGUCGCUCAUCUUAACAACCAACAGAGUCGGCACAAAAUCAUCGCUGAAGUCAUUGAACUGCUCAACAGGGUCAAAGCUAGCUUCAAAGCUGUUAAUGCUGUGUUCAAAUUGAAAGAAACUGUUCAUUUACAGGCUUUGCUUUGCAAUGAAAUUGGGCUAAUACCGGAGAGAAAUAGGUGUGCCUUAGAGUUCAAGUUAUUGGACGGUGAAACACCAUCAACCAACAUAAAUAGUUCCUCUGUAACAAUCCAUUGAAGGCGUCAAUUAUUUCUAUGUACUUUGAUAGUAAUUUUGUAAGUUUAAAUCACUGUACAUGCCAAAAAUUUUUUUUUCUUUAAGAAGAAAAAAAUCUGUUCUUUUCUAUGUGUAAAUUUCUAAUAAAAAAAUGAAGCUUUAUA